GGCCUUCACACCCACCUCGCCGCCAGGCCACCCUCCACUCCACCUCCGCCUCACACCUCCCACCGCCCGCCCGCCCACCAUGGCCAAAGACGACAACGACACGACCACCACCCUCGACCCGCGCCGCAUGACCGUCCACCCCCGCAUCCGCUACAACACCAUCGGCGGCGUCAACGGGCCCCUCGUGAUCCUCGAGAACGUCAAGUUCCCGCGCUUCAACGAAAUCGUCUCCCUUACCCUCCCCGACGGCACCGAACGCUCCGGCCAGGUCCUCGAAGCCCGCGGUAACCGCGCCGUCGUCCAAGUCUUCGAGGGCACCUCCGGCAUCGAUGUCAAGAAGACGAAGGUCGAGUUCACGGGCCACAACCUCAAGCUGGGAGUGAGCGAGGACAUGUUGGGCCGCAUCUUCGACGGAAGCGGCCGCGCCAUCGACAAAGGCCCCAAAGUGCUGGCGGAAGACUACCUCGACAUCAACGGCAGUCCCAUCAACCCCUACUCCCGCGUCUACCCAGAGGAAAUGAUCAGCACGGGUAUCAGCGCCAUCGACACCAUGAACUCCAUCGCCCGCGGCCAGAAAAUCCCCAUUUUCUCCGCGGCCGGUCUGCCGCAUAAUGAGAUCGCGGCGCAGAUUUGUCGGCAGGCGGGGCUGGUGCAGCAGCAGGCGAACAAGGGCACGCAGGAUGCGCAUGAGGAGAAUUUCAGCAUUGUGUUUGGCGCGAUGGGUGUGAAUUUGGAGACGAGUCGGUUCUUCACGAGGGAUUUCGAGGAGAAUGGGAGUAUGGAGCGCGUCACGCUGUUCCUCAAUCUUGCUAAUGAUCCGACCAUCGAACGCAUCAUCACCCCCCGCCUCGCCCUCACGACGGCGGAAUACUACGCCUACCAGCUGGAAAAGCACGUCCUCGUCAUCCUUACCGAUCUGUCCUCCUACUGCGACGCGCUACGUGAAGUCUCCGCCGCCCGUGAAGAAGUGCCCGGUCGUCGCGGUUACCCGGGUUACAUGUACACGGAUUUGUCGACCAUCUACGAGCGCGCCGGUCGUGUCGAGGGGCGGAAUGGGAGUAUCACGCAGAUUCCUAUCCUGACGAUGCCGAACGACGAUAUCACCCACCCCAUUCCCGACCUCACGGGCUACAUCACCGAAGGCCAAAUCUUCAUCGACCGCCAACUGCACAACAAGGGCAUCUACCCCCCCAUCAACGUCCUCCCCUCCCUCAGCCGGUUGAUGAAAUCCGCCAUCGGCGAAGGCCACACCCGCGGCGACCACUCCGACGUCUCCAACCAGCUCUACGCCAAAUACGCCAUCGGCCGUGACGCCGCGUCCAUGAAAGCCGUCGUCGGCGAGGAGGCACUCUCGAACGAGGAUAAGCUAAGCUUGGAGUUUUUGGAGCGCUUCGAGAAGACGUAUAUCUCGCAGGGGGCGUAUGACAAGAGGAGUAUCUUCGAUGGGUUGGAUAUGGCGUGGGAGUUGUUGAGGAUUUACCCGCGGGAGCUGUUGAAUCGCAUUCCCAAGAAGGUGCUGGAUAAGUAUUAUCAGAGGCAGGGGAAGAAGGGGAAGGGGGCGCAGGAUAAUGGCGAGGAUGGCAAGCCACAGCAGAAUGGGGAGGAGAGUUUGAUAUAGAAUGCUGAGUUCGGGAGAGUGUGUGGUUGUGAGGGAAGGAGAGUGUUUGGUGAGAGUGGGUUGAGAGAGUGGUGACACGUGUGAGUGAGUGGGUGGCAAUUGUAGAUACAAGGCGUUUGUGGCGUAAACGUGAGCGUAUAGUACGUUUCUGAAGCUAGAGUGAAGAUACAAAGCAAUUGCAAUCCAUAACAGGGAAGGCUGAAUCAAUGCCGAGCGUAUAUC